CACAUUGAUCAGCUGUUCAGUCCGGUGUGAACCUUCGUAGGGAGAGAACCGCUCUGCCGCCGGUGUUUAUUUUAUAUUAUUCGGAGGAAAAAAGGAACAAAAACAAAUAGUGGUCAUGGCUGCCAACAAUGUGCGAGUGCUGUCAAUCCAGAGCCACGUCGUCUCGGGCUAUGUUGGAAACAAGAGUGCCUGCUUUCCACUGCAGGUACUAGGAUUUGAGGUAGAUACCAUCAAUUCAGUGCAGUUUUCCAACCACACUGGCUAUAAGUCGUUCAAGGGACAAGUACUAGACAAUAAUCAGUUAGGCGACUUGAUAGAAGGAUUAAAGAGCAACAGUAUUGACUUUUAUUCCCACCUCCUAACGGGAUACAUUGGGUCGAAGUCCUUUCUGGAGAAGGUGAAGAGUGUGGUUGAGCACCUGAAGACCGUCAACCCAAAUUUGAUAUAUGUGUGUGAUCCAGUCAUGGGGGACCAUGGAAAGAUGUACGUACCUGAAGACCUCUUACCCGUGUAUAGGGAACACAUCGUCCCUCUUGCAGAUAUCAUUACACCAAACCAGUAUGAGGCAGAGCUACUCUCUGGGCAGAAGAUCGAGAACGAAGGUGAUGCAAUGGAAGUCAUGAAGUGGUUUCACGAGCAGGGAGUUAAAACCGUGGUUCUCUCCAGUACGGAACUUGGCUCAGAGAACGAACUGCUUGGUCUGGCCUCUUCUGUUAUCA